AUGACUUCUCAAGACCACAAGAAGAUGACGUCAACCUUCAUGUCCAACUACAUUCUUGGCAUGGUAAGUGCCCAACCAACUAUCCCUAUUUCUCUCAUACAAGAGAGGAUCAGUGGUCAGCUCAAUUACAAGGUGUCAUACUUUAAAGCUUGGAAGGCGAAGCAAAAAGCACUUGCUCGCGUGUUCGGUGAUUGGGAGGAGUCUUACGACCUGCUCCCUAGGUGGUUGGAAUAUAUGAUGAGGUUUUCCCCUGGAUCCCAUUACGAGUUUGUCACAACUGACUAUAAGGACCAGUAUGGCAAUGUUGUUCCUGAUUUCAAGAAAUUUGGUCGAGUGUUUUGGACGUACAAACAAUGUUGUGACGCAUUCAACUAUUGCAAGCCAAUGAUACAAAUUGAUGGCACAUUCCUCUACGAAAAGUAUAGUGGAACUUUGCUUAUUGCCACGACACAGGAUGGGAACAGUAAUGUGUUGCCUUUAGCUUUUGCAAUUGUGGAGGGAGAAACACUCGGUGCUUGGACGUGGUUUCUUCGUCUGAUGCGUGUGCAUGUCACCAGGAAACAAGGGAUAUGUCUAAUAUCAGACAGACACGCCACUUACGAGCCUUGCUCAUAUCUUUUCGAGCAACGCUUAGCGGCUUUUCGAGGGCGCAACACAGCUGUCCGGCAAUGGAUAAAUGGCAUCAGCAAUGAGAAAUGGAGCCGAGCUUGUGAUGUGGAAGGUCGUAGAUACGGCCACAUGACCACGAACUUAUCUGAGGCUGUGAACAAAGUGUUCAGGGAUGCUAGAAAGUUGCCUAUCACUGCACUUGUUAAAUGCACAUAUGGCAGGCUUGUGGAAUAUUUUGUGCAGCGAGGUUCUGCAGCAGCAGCACAACAAAGAGCCGGCGACAGAUAUUGUAACAAGGUCAUGGAGGCCAUGACAAAGAAUGCGACGGUUGCCCAGUCUCACAUUGUGCGGACGUAUAGCAUAGAUAGGUCCAGGUUCGAAGUAGAGGAGGGAUUCAACCAGUAG